AUGGGCUACCCGUGGGAAGAUCAGCAGCCAUACCCGGACAACGAAAUCGUCAAGGUCAUCGAUGAGUCAGGACACAAGAAGAAGAAAGACAAACUCAAGAAGGAUGCUCCGCUCGAGGUCACCCGCGAGGGUUACAUACUAGAGCCAAUUGAUACAUCGAACCUUGCCAAGGGACGAUUGGACUGGUCUCGCGUCAGUAGACAGCAGAUGAAGUUCAGCAAUGCCAAACUUUCCGAGAUCAGCCGCAAGGCCUUCGCGGUACAACAGAUGGGCCCAAUGAGUGUAUUCGCAACGCUCACGACUGAUCAACGUCGAGUUAUCACCAGACUUAUCGAGGGAGUACAACUCAAUGAGAAGGAGAAGGAUGCCGAGUGGGACCUGGAGUGUGUUCGGAGAUAUACCAAAAAGCUUCACAAGAACAGCUUCUUCCAACCGAGUCCCGUCGCCGCAUGCGUCAGACUUAUGGUGAUCUUGAAGAGACAAGACAAGCACGCUGGCAAGGAUGGCAGAAUUCCCGUCAGACCAAGCACAUUCCAGCCCGACGAGAUCAUCGACCUGUCGGUGCCAUCGAACACGAAAGUUCAAAGAAAAGUGAAGGAGGAUACGCUUGAUCCGUUCGCAGAAUUCGGACUCGGUGCGGGAAUAACCCAGCAUGAGCUUCCUGGCCAGGACAGUGGGCCGUUUCCCGGUGUACCACAGGGCGCCAUCGCAGUUAGUGACUGGCCACAACCACCACCGCCACCGCAAAUUCCUAUUGCGUAUCCCAACAAUCCCUUCAAUGCGGCCUACGAUCCUCCGCGAAUGGAACAGCGCCUCGAAGCUCCGUUCGACCCUCGUGCUUACACGCCUGCACCGAUUCGCCGCGAUAAUCGUUCAGCAUCUCGGUCCCGCUCACGUCGUCGCAGAGAUGAAGCCCGCGAGCGUGAAGACCGUGACCGUGACCGCGAACUGGACCGGCUUCGUCGCGAGAAGGAUGAUCUCUUCGACCGCAUGGGGAGGUAUAACAUCCGCGACUCCAGCCCACGUUCAUCUGAAGAUUCCUACCGCCAAUAUUGGAGCUCAGCUUCCGGAGGUUCCAUCACGCCGCCAUCAUCGCCUUCCAUGAGCGACUACGCCAGCCGUCGCAAGCUGUACCGGCACAAUGGGCCGUCAAGGAGAUACCGUGACGAAGACACGCUCGUGGAGCCUUAUCGCAACGACGACAGGAGGCGAGGACGGGAGCGAGAGGAGAGGAGUCCAGCAGGCAUUCUUCGGAUUCCUGCAUCGUCAUCACAUCGUCAAGGAAGGGCGCUUCUCCACCAAGACGAUUACCCGAGCAAUCCUUUUGCGGCACAGAACCGUCGCGCGCUUCCGGAAGUACCAGGCGAGGGUUUUUACCCUGCGGAGUUCAAUAAUCGUAGGAGACGAUCGCGCAUGCGUGAGGUCGAGCCGGUAUAUAGGGGCGAUCAGCGCGACGCCGGCAGGAGAGCUCGAGCUUGGAUUUGA